AUGAAGAAAACGGAGCAGCAUAUCCGUAGUUUGCUAGAAAAAACAAUUGACUUAGAUGAGUUAGAGAUUGAAAUUAACAAGAUCAAGCCUCGCUUUUCUCAGAUUGAUGAAGAACUUGUUUAAUAGAUUUAAUAAAAAUAUAAUGAUGGUAGAGAAAUCCAAUAAAGUUGCAGAAAUAUCAUCCAAAGUGCUCUUGAGAAUGAGUUUACAGAGGAGGGUAUUAAGACAAUUGAAGUCUUUAUUAAGGAUGCCAAAAAACUCAAUUUGGAUUUACCUGAAUUCCACCGCCUUGAAACUGUAAAGCUCAUUCCUAAAUGGGUCAAUCGCUUGCACACUAUUGUUUGCGAUACUUUCGGUGCAAAUAGAUCUGCAUCUAAAGAAGGAAAUACCCAGUCUUAAUAAAACUCACAAGGAGGUUCUGGAAAUAAAAAAGAACCUAAGAUUAAAAAGUAAAAGCCUCUCCGCACCUUAAGAUAGGAAAUUAUGAAAGGUCUUGAUAAUUUAGAGCCUUCAAAGAUGACUCCUUAGCUAAAAUAAGACUUGAUCGAUGCUCUGAGCAAGAAUAUGCCUUAAGUGCUAGAUGAGGAAUUGAAUAAACUGCUUUAAAAGGUCCAACUAAUUUUGUGGAUCAAGGAUGCUUAUGAUUUGUUGGGAAAAGAGUCAAUCGCUUUAGCUGAUUUAGUUUUGUUAAAAGAUAACCCUAUAAAAAUCGAUACUUCUUUUAAACACUUAAAGUUUAAAUAAGCUACAUACCACAAGCAAAUAGUAGACUUAAUUAGCUAGCAAGAAACUUGGAUGAGCAAGGCUACUCAAAUCGAAACAAAGUAUCCCAUGGAGGAAAUCAAUUCAGACAGAAGCAAAUUUGAGCAAUUCAAAAAGGCUGUUGAUACACUUAAAAAAGGAAUGAAUGCUAAAAUUGAAAAAAUUACUGAAGUGAAAGACAAGUUCACUGUAAUUUAAUAGCAAUAGCUUUAAAUUGAAUGGGCUGUCGAAUGUGGUGAAUUUUUGAGAAACGAUAGCGAAAGAAAAAAAUUAGAAGAUUUAGAGAGCUAUUACAGAAGAGCUGAAACCUGUAAAGUUUCAAAGCAGUGGUCAACAUUACAGGCUCUUGAAGCUCUUUACACACAAGUAAAAGAGUUAAUUGUUAAAUCUAAGAAAUUGAUGAGCAAUUCUAGCAGCAACGAAGAAAAGAUGGAUAUUGAAAAAGAUAAAGACACCCUUGAAAUUAUUGACUAUGAAAAAAAAUAAAAGGAAUUCAGCAGUAAAGUAACAAUUGAUGAAGUUGAUUAGCUUCUUGAAAGAAUGAAAAACUUAAACGAUAGAGUUAACUUUGAUUCUUAAAUAGAGUUCUUAGAAUUAUCUAAAAAGAGUUAAGAAAAAUACAUACAACUCAUUACAAGAUGCUACAAUGCUCACUGGAGUUAAAUGGAUAAUUUCCAAGAUACUCCUUCUGAAGAUUUGUUAUCAAUAAGAGCAUAAAUUCAAGAAAUUUCCAAAUUGGAAAAAAACAUUUUAGUAGCUCUUCCUAAAUUUGACAGCUACUUUAUGAAACUUCACUGGAGUAUUGAUUGUGCCUUCUUUUUAAGCUCUAGCUCAUCAAUUUAGAUGAAAAGAGAUUUAGAAGAGUGCAAAAAGUUGGUAAAUGCCUCAGCUGUAGUUAAGGAUAUAGAAAAUAGCAAGUUAUGCAAAAAAUUAAAUGAAUAACUCAAUGUAUUUUUAAAGUGUAAAGACGCAGUAGACCAGCUAAAGAAAGAUUCUAAAAAGAAAAAAGCUGAAGAAAGGGAGUCAUUAAUCAGUAUGUAGCAAUUCAAUGAAUUAGAAAAUGCUUUAAGAACAAUUACCAUAGAAGAAAGCUAAGCUUAGUUUAAGGAAGUUCAAAAAAUGAAGAGAAAGCUUGAAUAAAUUAUUGCAGAAUAUGAUUCAGCAACUCAAAAAAACGAAAAGUAGCCAAUAAAAUUCUGGAAAGAUUUGCUUGAAUAAUUCCACAAUAGCAAAAUCCCAGUAAAAUGCGAUGAAGAGUGCAUGCUUGAAGUCCUCAUCAAAAAUGCUGAAGAGAUGGAAUAAGUUUUAAAGGAGAAUAAAAAAUAAACAGGAAGUGCUAGCAAAAAAGGAAGUUCAAAUUAAUAACUAAGUUAAGAAAUUAUUGAACUUUUAGAAAGAUAUAGACUCUAAUAAGUAAAGAUUCCAGAAGCAGAGAAAUUAAUAGAAAAAUGGAAAAUAAAAGAAGAUGCCUUGAGCGUUAUUGAGAAAAAAGUUUAUUCUAAUGGUGAAGCAUUUAGUUUUUAGGAAAUCCUUGAUUUGUAGGUAAAAUUAAACUCACUCAAGUCUGAAUUCAAAGGAGAACGUGUGUAGAAAAUUGACCAAGAGUUAUAUUUGAAAAAAAUAUUGAUGCUCAAAUAGUACUGGGAUAACAAUUAAGAAAUCGAUUCUACAUAUGAGUAAAUGAAGGAAACCUUAGAAAAAAUUAAAUAAAAAUUCGAAGGUAGAACAGAAUCUCGUUUCAUGCAAGCAAUUAAAUUUAUUGAAGAUGUUAUUGAAUAGUGUGAACAAAGAAUUAAAAAAAUAGAAGAAAUCACCAAUCCUAAGGAAUUGGAGAUGAGUCUAAAGCAAAAAUUCAAACAAAACUAGCAGAGCUUAAAGUUUGUUAGGUAUGUUGACAUGACUCAAUAGAUUGUUGACAAGUUAGCAAGACUUAAAAUCGAAAUUGAUAAGCAAAAAUAAUAAGAAUCAGAGAAAAAGUAAAAGGAAAAGCAACUCGCUAAAGAAAAACAAUUAGAAGAACAACGUAAAUAAAAGGCUUAGAGUGAUGCUCGCCUUUCUAAGAAAAAAGAAAUUGAAGAUAAAAAACGUGAAAUGGAUGAUAAACAUAAAGAGAAAAUUGUCAAAGAAAAGAAGCAAAAUGAAAAAAUGAAAUAAAAUAUGAUCAGCGAUUUGUCUAAGGCUAUAAACGAAACAUGGAAAUCUUUAACUUUAUAAGAAUGUCUUCAAUAUGGAACUAGCAUGGUUGAUCGUUUAUAUUUGGAGAAUUCUAACUCCACUUCUGCCACUCUUGAUUCCGUAGUUGCAUUUGCUAAAUUAUUCUUAGAGAUGAAGAAACUCCCUAAUUUGUGUUAACAAGUCAAGAAGUUAAAAUUUGACUCUAAGGAACUAAAUAGACUUAUAAAGCUCCUUGCAGAUUCAAAAAAAUGUGGCAAAGAUUUACUCCUUAAGGAAGAAAAAAUGAUCGAAAUAAACAGAAAAAUCUGCGAAAACGAAGACAAUCUUAUUUUAGAUAUUAAACUCAAGAAGAAAGACGUCCCAUUAGAGUAAGGUCCUUAAAUUGAAGGAUCUGUCCCUACUAAGAAACUUAAAUCUGAAAACAUAGCUUUGAGUCUUUUGUUCAAUGAUAGAAUUCAUCCUAAAGAUAAGAAUGAAGAUUCUUCUUAUGUAAAUAUUGAUGAAAAUAAUUUAGUUAAGUAGUCUAUUGCAAAGAUUCGUUAAGAAAAGCUUUCAACAUUGAAACCCGGCACUAAAGUUUCAAAGCAAAAAUAAUUUGGAUAAAAAUUCUCUGACGAUGAAGAUGAUGGCUAAGAAGAUGGAUAAGAAUAUGUUCCUUUGAGAGAAGAAGACUUCUAAAGCUUAAACGAAUCUCUUCUCCUUUAACACAAUAAAUUAAUGAAAGAAAACUAAAAUAAAUUCUGGGAGUUUAACCCUGAUGAGGAGAAUUUAAGUCAAAGACAAGACGAAGCUCCUGAAAAUGCAAGUGUUGUCAGCUUAUUCAAAGGAUCAUUUGAAAUUCAAAUGCCUAAUAAUGAAUAACCUUUUGUUAUGAAUAAAAUUUACAUCUUAUCUUGUAACGAUGCUAAUGAAUGCCAAAAUAUGCCUGCUUACCCAAACAAAAAUUUCACUCUUAGCAUGAAGGGAGUAUUAGGUUUAAUCAAUUUCUCCUAAUAUUACAAUUAAUUAGCCCAAGAGACUAAGUUAAAUCCAGAAAGAAAAAUUCGUUUUGUUUCAGGCUGGUUUGAAAGUGAAAAUGCUGAAGAUCGUCCUAAACUCGAGAAUUAUGCUAACUAAUUGAAGCUUAAUAAACGUGUAGCUGUUGUUGAAUGGACUCCUGAGUGCAAAUUGUAUAUUCUUCACCGCGAUUAAUGGAACAUAAAGGGAAAUCAAGGAUUUGAAAUCAAAUUUAAGAGAAACUUUUUCCACUAAUCAAGUCAUCCUAAUGAUACACUUUUAUACAUCAUGAUCUUCAAAUAACACAAAUUAGUCAAUUAGAAUGAUUAUGAAACUCUCCGUCCAAUUCACAUGCAAAAGCGCUACUUGCCUUAACCUCCACAAAAUCACAUAGUAACUUCGCCUCCUGUAUCUGUUCUUCAUCCUGGCUAGAAUGAAAGUGGAAAGAAAUUACAAAAAAUCUUAAAUAACUACAAUCCUCCUGCUCCUUCAGCCAGCAAUAAUAAUAUUUUUAAAUAAAGCUUAUAAGCAUAAUCCGAUCUAGACAACAGCUUUUAGAGAGGAAAGAAAUCGUUCUAAAAAAUGUCCUUAGAAAGUCUCACAAGAAACAGCGAUUUUAUGACAGAAGAAGAAGAAAAGCAACGCUUAAAUGAAAAGUUAAUGGGAAUAAAAAAUCAAAUUGCUAACUUAGAAAAUAAAUUGAUCAACUAAACUAACCCAAAUAAUUAUUAAUAAAAUAAAAAAGUAGAACCUACUUUCCAACAUCAACAAAAUAAUAGUCUAAUCCCUCCUCAUUUAAAAAACUAGUAACAAUAGCAAUUGAAUUAAUCAAGCAGCUACUAAUAAUAAUAGUAACAACAACAACAGCAAUAAUAAUAAUAAUCUGUGCACUAACAAUAGCAACAGUUAUUACAAUCUAGAUACAACACAGCUCAAAAGCUUUAGAGCAAUUAUCCUAGAUCAGCACAAAGAAGUGGAGUUAACACACCCAAUUACUAUGAAUAAAAGUUUGGCUCAGUGCAUGAAAAUGCUCCCAAUUAUGGCAACUAGCAAUUAAAUUAAUCCUUCUAGCAAUAAAAUUACAACAAACCCACUUACUAGCGCACUCUCGAUUUUAACGGUAAAGCAAACGAGUCUAUGGAUGUUGAAGAUUACAAUAUGUCAUUUAGAGGUAGUCUUUUCAAUUCUUAAUAGUCUUAGUCUCAACAACCUAUUGUAUCUUAGCUAUAAUCUCAAUAGUAUUCAUAAUAAUAGAUGAAUCCCUCAUACAUGAAUAGCUAGCAAAGCUCUUAAGAAAACUUCUUUAGCAGACCAUCUUUCAAUGGUCCAAUUAAAGGAUUUAAAAGAACUCAUCACACUUCAAGACCAAUUCCUGCUAGAAUGAGCUAGAAGAGACCUAUGGAAAAUCUCUCACAAAACUCAGUCGAGGAAAAUUACUUCACCAAAUUAAUGGCUGGCUUAGAAGAAAUAAUUGCAGAGUAAAUAUAAAAGAAAGAAUAAAAGCAAAAUGACCAGCUUCUAAAUACUCUUAUUUAAUAGUCUCAAUAACAACAAUAAAUUAUUUAGCAAUUCUAAAAGUAAAAUAACACUCUAGCUGCUAAUUCUUAAAGCUAAAACAAUGCAAACAAUAUUGCCAACUAAUAAGGAGAGAAAAAGAAAAAGACAAGAAGAAGAACAAAAAAGAGAACAGCAAAUGUCGCAGGAUUAAAUAACUCACUUUCUGUUGACGAGAAUUCUAUGAUGUCUGAAGAAUCUCAAGAAUCUGUUUCUCGCUCUGUUCAAAACUCUUAACAAACUAGAAACAUCCAAGUCUAAAACACCUUCCAAGCACCAUAAGGAUUCAAGAACCAAGACAAUUACUACAACUAAAAGAAAGGCAUGAAGGUAUUCGAAAAGCAAACUCAAAAACUAACUAAUUAACAUGAACGUACUACUACUACUACUUUCGCUAUAGCAAACUCAUAAUAACCUCAUUUUACCAAUAAUAAUUAGACCUUGAAGCAGGAUAACAACAAUAAAAUGCAUCAAUAAAUUCAUCCUUUCAAAUAAGUGAACGCUAAUCACUAGAAAGAACAGGAUCAUCACCAAACCCAUCAACCCGCAACUACCAGCAGCAGUAGCACAACUUCAAUUAACGUCAGCAACAAGCCUCUUAACCAAACAAUCCCAAGCCUCAAUUACAGCAAUAGUAGCAUCACUACAGGAACUUCCUUCACCAACAACCAAGGUAGUAGUAGUAACUAGCUCACUAGCAACAGCAACAAUAACUAAGAAGCCCACAGCAAGCCAACAAUUAAGUUCACAACGAUAGGUCCAGCACCAACAAAUUAGCAACUCCCAGAGAGAGUUUAGAUAAACAACCUCAACAAUAAGUAGCCACUCCAAAGCAAUCAACCUCAAAAUUCACUUACAGCUCUCAACUCACUUCACUUGAUGAAGAAAAGCCAACAAUAAACAAGCAAUCAGUCAGCUUCAAAUAGCAUCCUACAAGCAGUGUAACCUCAAAAUCAAUAGUAGCCAAGUCUUAGUUAGAGUAGUCAAACUCUCUCAAUCAGUCAUUCGAGAGCUCAAAUGCUCCUUCAAGACAGUCAACCUCAAUUUAGUCAGGAACCAACAGCUACUUCUAACACAAAUACCCAAGAAACCCAUAAAAUUAUGGGAAUCAGGGAUAUCACUACUAGAAAAAUAGAUUCUAACACAAUGAAUAGCACCAAUACAAAUAACCAUAGACUACAUCCUAGCCUAGCUUUUAAAAACCAAUCUAAGGGUUCAGACAUGGAUUUGGAGCACCCUUUUAAUCAAAGGCAAUACCUUUCAAACAAUAACAUUAACAAUAGCAAUAGCCUCAAUAAUAACAAUCUAUAAACUAAUCCUUCUCAAGAGAGACAUCUGCUAACAGAUCUUUCUAAGAGUGGCAGGGUCAACCAAGAAAAAACCAACAAUUUCCUUUCACUUAGAGGAGAGAUCAAAGAGGGCAAUAAUAAUUCCAACAAUAACGAAAUUCCUCCCUAUCUGAAGGAAAAAUCAGUUAGGAACCCAACAUUCUAUCUCGCUAACAAGGAGACUAAACAAAACAAUUAGGAAAGCAGUUAACCCCCCAAGAAAAAUAGCUUCUCUUACAGUUCGGUAAGUUCACGUGAAGGAAGUCUAGAGAAAUAUCAAGAAAGACCUUUUGGAACUGAAAAAGAAAAUGCCAUUAGAAGGUUUUAUUGA